UAUCGCUUGUUGCGCAAUACACAGUCUGCGGACCUGAGAUGCCAUUCAGUUGUUAGUCUAACUGGGUUUGGAAACAAACAAUUAGUUAUGCGGGUUCAUAUUUGCUGGUAUACAUUGUGAUUCUUUAACGUUUUUAACUGCUUUUCAAGUAGUUCUUGAAUCUGUUUAAAUUCUUCGUGGUACAGAUUGGAUUACUGCGCUUGCAAAGAGGAUUUGGUUUGGAAGAGAAAAAGAAGAGAGGUUCAGAAAGAUGAUGCGACCGUUUAGCUAUCGUGACGGAGAUGGAGUUUUGCGAACGGGACUAAAUUCCGUGAAACAGCCACGUAUUAUCGAUAUUUCGGAGAAGAAUCUAAAGAUCUCAGGAUACACACAAAUUCGUAUUGUGUGUAAAAACACACUCGAGUGUAAAGGCCAAAAACUGGACUCCCACCUGCACGAAUCCAUCAAGAAGCUCCAAUCUCGCCAUCUGGUCACAUUGUGCGAUAAUCGAUUGACUGUGGAAGAGCUAUCGGAGGACCUCAGAGAACGUUAUCAAUUAGGAGGAGCGAAAAUGGAAUUUAAGAAAAACGAUGAAACACUGAAAAGUUCAGAGACUAUUCAAGAUUGGGUCAACUGUAUGAAGUGGAAAAAGGAACCCGGAUUGUACGGAGAGGUCUGUUACAGUGUCGAUUUGGAGAUUUGCGCUGCUGGUGGACGCCCUCCUGUUAUUCCAAGUUUUUCUGAACUGUUAGAAAGUGUGGCUGAUAAAAACAUCAAGCGCAUAGUUGUGGAAAUCGGUUUCGAAGACGGCACAAAAAUGGUCAUCACUGGACAGUUUUAGUAGACUUAAGUGGAUUCCAGUUACCCAAACGGAACAUUUCUGUGCUGAAAUUAUUCUUCUAAUCUUAAUGGCCUUUUACUCUUUUUAUUUGUAUAAGAUUGUAACACUUUAUGUUACUCUGUAUCAUAAAAAUAGAUUUUUGGGUAUGUUCGUGAACUAAAAAUAUUGAUGGAAAUGUGUUCAGCCUUCAGCGUUCUAAUUCAAGGUUAUAUUAA